AGGAGGCGAGCACGGGAGAGGGUUACGCUUCGAGUUUAGUCUUGGUGAGAACUGGGAAAGAAACGAAAGACAACCUAUGAACAUCACAAAACCAAGGGGAAGCCACUCCUCGCUUCACAGUUCACACUAGCUACUGCAACUUAGACAAAGAUCAAUCACUGAGAAGGAGGAGGAGAAGAAGAAGAAGAAGAAGGAACGUUGCGUGAAGUCGGAUUCGGAUUCAGAGAGUAUUCUCCAGCCUCCAAGUUAGGUUUGCAGGAGCAGAAGGAGAACCGGAGCAAUCACAGUGUGAGAGUAGGAAUGGACGGUCCUUUCCUAUCUCCACCGGCGAAGCGUUCUUUCUACAGCGUCUCCGGAAUUCAUGAGAGUAAUACCUACAGCAGCGUCAACGGCGCACCCAAGCGCGGCCGCGGCAGUAAACACGUUCCGCCACCCAUUAUUGUGUCUCCUGGCCAGGUUGUCUUGCGCCUCCUCUGCCAUGUUUCCAUGAUCGGCGGCGUUAUUGGAAAGUCCGGCAACGUCAUCAAGCAAUUCCAACAGGAGACCGGCUCCAAGAUCCGCGUGGAGGAUCCCGUCGUAGCGUGCGACGAGCGCAUCAUUAUCGUUGUGGCCUCCGAGAAUCCCAAGAAGAAGAUCAAGUUGAAAGAUGACAAGGGCGAGGAAUCAGUUAAGGAAUACGAGGUCUCUCCCGCACAAGAGGCUCUCGUCAAGGUCUUCGAUAGGAUCCUCGACGUUGAAGCGGAAACCGAGGGUGUCUUCCCUCCUGGGGGAGGUAUCGUCUCCUGCAGAUUGCUCGCUGCUUCCAAUCAAGUUGGCUCGGUCAUGGGGAAAGGUGGGAAGAUUAUUGGUGGUAUCAGGAAGGAUAGCCGUGCCAAGAUUAGCGUUUUGCCUACGGAACAGCUCCCUGCAUGCGCGUCUCCCAACGACGAUGUCAUAGAGAUUACAGGAAACAUUUUAGCAGUAAAGAAAGCACUGGUUGCUGUUUCCUGCCGCCUUCAAGCUUGUCCACCGACAGAGAAAGCACAAUCAAUUGCAAGCAGGCCUGAGACAACUCACCAUGGAAGCUUUCCUGAUCCACAUGGAGAGUUCCCUCGUCCUAGGAGUUCACUGUUUACACAUACAUCAAACAGCUCUAUUGACUAUCCAUCCAGGGGCCGUCCUCUGUCUACUGAUGUUGACAGGAUCCCCACCCUGGAUCCAGAGAAGACACAACAAGAAGUUUUAUUCAGGCUUCUCUGCACAAAUGAUAAGAUUGGAGGUAUAAUUGGCAAGGGAGGUAUCAUUGUCAGGGCAUUGCAGAAUGAAACAGGAGCUUCUAUUAGCUGUGGAGCUUCUGUAGCUGAAUCGGAUGAACGUGUAAUCACUGUUUCUGCAAUGGAGAACCCAGAAUCAAGGUACUCCCCAGCACAAAAUGCUCUUCUUCGUGUUUUCACUAGGUUAGUAGAAGCUGGCAUGGAAAAGGGGCUAGAAUCAGAAGAUUCUGUUGCAGCUCGUCUUCUAGUACCAUCAAACCAAGCUGGUUGUUUGCUGGGUAAAGGAGGUCAAAUAAUUUCAGAAAUGAGGAAAGUAACCGGUGCUGGAAUACGGAUAAUUGGAGGAGAUCAGGUUCCCAAGUGUGCCUCAGAAAAUGAUGAAGUAGUACAGAUUAUUGGAGAGUUUCGUAAUGUUCAGGAUGGUUUGCUACUAGUUAGUGGUAGAUUGCGGGAUAAUCUUUUCCCCACUGAGUUGUCGCAAAGUUCUGUAGUUGGGAGCUACUCCUCGGCCAUCCCAGAGAUUAGUCCCUAUGGAAGAGUGAGGGAGCCUACUCCUCCUAGGAUGUACCCAUCUGUGGCCCUUUCUCACAACAUUGAUCGAAAAAGUUCCCUAACACACAGUAUUGAUCAUCUUGGACUUUCACACAGCUUAGAUCGUCCUCCUUCACCAAGGUUAUGGACAUCACAGACUGUGGGCGGGGGGAAUCCAAGGGGCUUCACUGACAUUGGAAAAGGAUUGACAACUUAUAGAGGUGGCAUAGAUCUUGGAAGGUUUGCUGAUCAGUGGGCCCCACCAGAGAGACCACUCAACCAGAGUGGAAGCAAAUCUGCAAUAGUGACAAAUACAACUGUGGAGAUCGCAGUUCCUGAAGAUGCUCUUAUCUAUGUAUAUGGGCAAAAGGGUAACAAUCUGAGUCGUUUAAGACAGAUUUCUGGUGCCAAAGUCAUAGUACACGAUCCUCGGCCUGGCACAAGUAAUGGGAUGGUCUUCAUAUCUGGAACCCCUGAACAGACUCAGACAGCACAGAGCCUACUCCAAGCUUUCAUCUUAAAUGGACAGUCGUCACCAGAUCGUCGUUCGCAGCUAUUUUGAUCACAUUAAGGGGAGGAAGAGGUCUAAACGGCUAUUUUGAUUACAUUAGUGGGAGGAAGAGGUCCAAACAAUUUCCUGCUUGCUUGUUUCAACUGAUAUUGGUUUUGGUGGUAAGCGUUGUGGGUUGAUUUUAAACAUCAUGAGAUUAUUUAAAAGAUUUGACACCUUACUUUUUCUUCUUUUAGAGGACUCAGUAUGAAAAUCUAUUAGUAUGACUCGUA